AAAAAGAUAAUGCCAUUAAUAGAAUAAAAUAUUUUUUAAAUUAAAAGUCUUUCAUUAUUUUAAUUUUCGAUAUUUGAAGUAUGCUACACAUAUUUUAAUAAUGGUUUAUAUUCUUCAAUUCGACGUACUCCCUUUACAAAAUAAUAAAAAUGCACGUGUGGUCUACCGAUGUUUAAAUUGAAAGCUUCAACGUAAAAAUUUGACUUAAAAAAUGAUUCGAGUUCUCCGUCGAUCCCAGUGGAAGAUUGGAGUUUUUCUGUGUUGUGCCUUGGUGUGUAUGUAUCUCUACUGGUUCCCACAGUCCGUGCUAGACUUGAGCACCAGAGAUGUAGCCAUAGCUAAAGGCAUUCAGAUUCCGUUUCUCCACGACACUACCGGAUGUAAAGCAAACCACAGCUUUGUCCAGGCUGACGAGAUGGUCAAGAAAUUUCGUGAGAUUCACAAGCCUAAAAGAUCCAUUUAUUAUUUAGACGAUGAUGAACCUUACAUGAAGCUCAUCAAAAGGUUAAAACUGUUCAGAAAGAGAGGACUGUCUAUUGGUCGAUAUUUUAAUCUCACUGGCAACAGCAGCUGGCAGAGAUUCCAAAGAAACAUCAACCAGUAUUACCUGUACGACCCUGACCAAGACAACAUUGUCGCUGAUUUGUUGAACGAUUUAAGCAAAAGGACUAUUGUUGCUACAAGGUGCAAAAGGUCAAGCACACACUUGGCACUUUUAAUGACCUUUGACAAUGGUGGUCAAGCAGUGUUCAAGGCCAUUAGAUUGCCCAAGUACUCAGAAUCCCCUCUCAACAGUUUUUACUUUAGCGACAUAGAGCGUCCUACGGCUGAAAUAGCCGCCUUUCAUCUUGACAUGCUAUUGGCGUUUUAUCGAGCGCCUCCUACAGUCGGCAGGGUGAUCAAUAUUUCUAGUGAUAUCAUCAUGGUUGGUGAUGAGGACAUCAAGAGAACGGCACAUUGGUCUCCAACUGACAACUUGUGUUUUGUGGGGAAGUGCAAGGAUUACUGUGUGCAAGGCUACGCUGUGUGUGGCAGUCCAUAUCUUCUGGAAGGUUCACUUUCGGCAUAUCUCCCAAACAGGUCGCUAGAUGACGCGAUGCACCACUUCCACAGUCCUUAUGCCGGUUCCUAUAGCUACCGAAACAAAGCUAAGUGGGAGAAUAACGACACGUACUGUGACCUUGAACUUAAGACAAAACCCUUCUACAAUGGCAGGGCGUUGUUCGAUCAGGUUGAUAUGGCCGUCUUUGACUUUUUGCAAGGCAACAUGGAUCGUCAUUCAUUUGAGACAUUCAAGAUGUUUGGAAAUGACACUUUCUUUUUACACUAUGAUAACGGUAGAGGAUUCGGCAAAAAAAAGUUGGACUAUGUGUCACUUCUAGCUCCUGUUCGUCAAUGUUGUAAAGUUCGGUUAUCUACCCUUGCCAAGUUGGUUAAACUUUACACUGGACCAGACAGCCUCAGUCAACUACUUAGGACGUCAUUAAGCUCCGACCCCUUAGCUCCGGUAUUGGAUGAGCUGUACCUAGACUCUGUUGACAGACGUGUUGGUCUAGUACUUAGUGCUGUGUAUGAUUGUGUCAAUAGGACGGGAUCCUGGGAUCAAGUCAUUGUUAACGAUGGCGUUGUUUAACUUAAGUGAUGUUACAUUGUUAAUAAACUUAAUAAUGUUUUAUUUACAGCACAUUUAUGUUUGUAUCAUCAUAAAAGUUAAAAUAAGAUGUAAAUAUAAAUUAUACUAUUGUGUACAUAGUUCUAAAUAAAUUAGAAGUUAAAGCUAUUCCGUAGCUUAGCGAUGUUUUGUUAUGCACAUAGAAAUAACAAUAAACUAUUUAAAUAAA